AUGGCGUCCGUCCCGCUACUCAACGUCGACGAUCCGGCGGCGGCCAUCGCGCCACUCAAGCCCCAGUCGACGAUGCGCUACAACGACAAAUACGUCAUCGUCUACGAUUUUUCAGACAUUGACUACGAUGUCGCGACAAAGGAAUUUAGAGACUUGCUUCUUGACCUCGAGGAGGCUGGCCUCCACACCGAAGUGCGACCCGGGUACGACCGCUCGAUUCUGGUCUUUGUCAAGGCCCCGCGACAGCUUCUCGGCAACUCUGUGUACAAAGAGAGAGUCAAGGACUGGCUCUACUCGGUCACGCACGUCCACCCGGGCGGCGACAAGGACUCGGUCGUCAGCGGCUGGUUCGAGGCCGAGGAGCUGCUGACCAUGUACCACCUCGUGCAGUGGCCCAAGGAAAAGGGCGGCGCGGGCGUCUACCCGGGCCUGGGCCGCUGGAAGAACGUCACCUCGUGCUUCCCGAUCCACAACGAGGCCGUCAACAAGGCGCUGCUCCGGCACAUGAGCGGCCGCCUGUGGCUGACGACGGCCGACUUUGACCGCGUGCGCGACCUCUUUGGCUCCAAGGUGGCCUUUUACUUUGCCUUUAUCCAAAACUACCUCGCCUUUCUCACGUUCCCCGCCGUGACGGGCGUCGCCGCCUGGCUGUGGCUGCCCAAGUACUCGCUCGCGUAUGCCGUGCUCACGAGCGUCUGGUGCACCGUCUUCCUCGAGUACUGGAAGCUGCAGGAGGUGGACCUGAGCAUCCGCUGGAACGUCCGCGGCAUCCACAAGACAAAGGUCAACAGGCCCGAGUUCAAGUACGACAAGAUCAUCGUCGACGCCAACGGGCAGGAGAUUCACUACUUUCCAAAGUGGAAACAGAUCACGAGGCAGCUGCUGCAGGUUCCCUUCAUUGGAGUCGCGACCGUUGCGCUGGGAGCCAUCAUCUGCGCCGUCUUUGCAGUCGAAGUCCUCAUUUCCGAGACCUACACGGGCCCUCAUCAAUUCUACCUGGAGUACUUGCCGACCAUAAUCCUCGCCGUCGCGAUUCCCUACAUCAACUCGUCGCUGGAGGGCGUGGCCGAGGCGCUCACGAGCUUUGAGAACCACCGCACAGCCGACGCGCACGAAGUCUCCUACACCCAGAAGCUCUUCAUCCUCAGCAUCAUCACCAACUACCUCCCCAUCCUCCUGACCGCGUUUGUGUACAUUCCGUUCGGGCAGGAGAUUAUCCCGCAUCUCAAGCGCGCCGUCCUCGCCGUCAUGCCGGGCCUCGGGCACACGUUUGCGACGCAUUCCUUCCAGGCGGACGCGGACAAGCUCCGCAACGAGGUGAUUGCGCUGACUCUGACCGGCCAGCUCUCCAGCUUCUUCGAGGAGAACGUCCUGCCGUACCUGAAGCACAAGGCCACCGAGUGGUAUCGCGUGUACCGGAGGGCGUACCCCAAGCACGCGAUGCUGCUCACCAUCGUGGAAGACGACAAGGAAGAGGCCGAGUUUCUGGCCCGCUGCCGCAACCAGUCGUCUCUCGAGGCUUACAACGUGCACGACGACAUGGCCGAGCUGGUCCUCCAGUUCGGAUACCUGGCCCUGUUCUCGCCCGUCUGGCCGCUGAUCCCGCUCGGCUUCCUCGUCAACAACUGGAUCGAGCUGCGCUCCGACUUUGCCAAGAUCUGCAUCGAGCACCAGCGCCCGAACCCGGUGCGCGCCGACGGCGUCGGGCCCUGGAUCCUCUCCCUCGACAUCCUCACCUGGAUCGGCAGCAUCUCCACGGGCGCCAUCGUGCACAUCUUUGGCGGCGACGGCAUCAACACCAACUGGACCACCCUGCCCAUCACCAUCUUUGUCAGCGAGCACAUCCUGCUCCUGCUGCGCGCCGUGACGCGCUGGGUGUUUGAAAAGUACGGCUCGGUGCAGAUCCGCCGCGAGCGCGCCGAGCAGUACGCGCGGCGCCUGGCGCACCUCGACGAGAUUGAGGCCAACAAGCGCGCGGGGCUGAACCUCAGCGUCGCCGAGAGGGAGCGCCGCAAGUCGGUCCUGGUCACGGGCGACGAGAGGUUCUGGACGAAGCAGGUCGAGGACGGCGCGAGCGCCGACGCCGGCAUCAACCUCAUGGCUCUGGCCAGAGAGUGGGAGCAGAGUCGAGGCAUGAAGCCAAAGAGUAGCUAG